AAUUGAGUGAGAGAUAAUAGGGAAGGAAGGGGAACUGGCAAGGUACCAGAGCUGGCUCCGGGUUCAUCGGCAUCAGGAGGGAGACGGCAGCAGCGAGCGAUGUUUGCUAUGGCGCUGUUCCUGGAGAUGGUUCUCCUGGCCCACCUCUUGGUCCAUCUGAACGCUACCCCCACGUUAGAAGGGCCUAAAAAGGUAAUUGGUCCCUGGAAGGGGAAUGUCAACAUCAACUGCACCUACCGCCCCAUGGAAGGUUACAAAGAGCACCAAAUGAAGUGGUUGGUUCGGCAGAAUAAUGACCCAGUCACCAUCUUUGUCCGGGAUGGAACCGGAGACCACAUUCAGCAGACCAAGUACCGAGGUCGACUGGAGGUGACCAAAGACACCCUGGGAGAUGUGUCCCUGUUCCUGGACAAUUUGGAGAUGGAUGACAGAGGUCAAUAUGUGUGCCAAGUGACCUGGAAGCUCGCUAAUGGUGACCAGGUGAUGAGAGAGCACACAACAGAGCUUCAAAUCCAGAAACUCCCCGUCUCGAAGCCCCUGGUGACCACGGGCUCUGGCUAUGGUUUCAAGGUGCCCCACGGCAUGAGAAUCAGUCUCUUGUGCCGGGCGCGAGGCUCUCCUCCUAUCACCUACAAGUGGUACAAGGGGACCCCAGAUGGUACUCCGACCCAGGUGACUUCCCUCGGCACCCUGCUCUUUAAGCCCGCCCAGGUCUCUGACUCUGGGAUAUACUUCUGCGUAGCCAAGGCCCGUGUUGGUCCUGAGCAGAUGAGUGACCCUGUCCACUUUGUGGUCACAGAGUCUUCUAAGAGGCCUACAACACAGAUGCAGCCUGGGAAGUUGACAGCCAGCACCCCCUACCCGGAAGUGCUACGCCCAUCCACCCCCGAGCCCCCGGCUAGAGACCAGACGUCGGCCCCGGGAAGCUUCUCCGAGACAAGCGCGGUGGGGCCAGCAACGCAUCCAGCUACUCCAGACACGUCACCUGGGGAACAGGCAACCAUGGAAACCAGCCACGCUGGAGGGAGAAGUGAGGGGCCCGGUCCCACUUCAAGAGCUACGUUGAGGGACCAGGGAAAUGUGGACCAAAGAACGGCCCAGGGCCUGCCCCUCUACGCCAUCAUCCUGAUCUCCCUGGUCUGCAUCUUGCUGGUCUUUGCCAUGGCCUUUGGCCUGGGUCGGAGAAGAUCCCAAGAGGGGCACAUCUACGAAGUGGCCAGGAUGAGUACGGGAGACGGCCCCAGGGUCUCCAUCUACUCUGGGAGCCCGAGCCAGGUGGCGGCUGAGUCCAGGGCCCUUGAGAAUGAGUAUCACAGUGACCCCUCUGGGACCCAGGAUUAUCAGAUCAUCACCCAGGCCAACAGCGACUACGCCCGGCUGCUGUGUGGGAACAACUCGGCGGAAUCAGAGAUGCAAGAUAACGGAAAACCCAACCUCUAAAGACGAUGGGGCUGGGGGGCAGAUGGUCUGGCCACUGGCCUGGCUCGUCCCGCCUUCCCUUCCUUCCUCCCUGAGAUAGGAGGGGUCCUCCCCAAGCCAUGCUGCCCAUAACCCCACUGCAUCCCCUCCCCUGCCAUCGCCUCCCAUCCCACCUCCCGGCACGAACCCCUCGGUUCCUGGCCGAUGGGACGGGAUGUUCCUGGAAAAAUAAGCUUUAGCAUGGAAAAUUGCCGUUGUAGGUCCCCGCUUUGCUCCCAGCCAUCGGCCUCCCCGCCUCCCUGUGCUGACAAGGCAAAGAACCACUGGUCCCAGGUUUGGCGGCCGGGGUGCUAGGUCCAUAGAGGAUCUCUCCAUAUUUCUUUGGGCCUAGAGGAGAGAGUGUUUCGGACACUGUGCGGAGAUGGACUCUGUCGCCUUCUGUGAGCCCACGUCCAGCAUGGUGUUGUUUCUCAAUAAAAGAUUACUGGAAAUCCCAGUCAAUGCCA